UAUGGCUGCCACGAAGAAGAAAAUAACACGCCGAAGAAGAAUCCCGACUACCUUGGGCCGUUUACGGAAGUCAUCAUGCAUAACUUGUCUCGCGGCAAAGAUACGUCCAUAAAUUUGUCGUUAAAAGACGAGUUCUACGCAGAUUUCUUGUCUGGGGAUUUCGAUGUGAAGGUUUAUGCAGCUCAAGCGAUCCACCAUGGUGUCAUCGCUGAACAGCUGGCGAAGCUGGCACAAGGAAUCAGUCAACUUGAUAAAGAGCUGCACAGCCAGGUAGUAGCCAGACAUGAAGACUUACUGGCUCAGGCAACUGGGAUAGAGUCUCUUGAAGGGGUCCUCCAGAUGAUGCAGACGAGGAUCAGUGCACUACAGGCAGCUGUUGACAGGAUAAGAACGAAAAUAGUUGACCCGUACAACAAGAUCGUGGCCAGGAUCACUCAGCUGAGUAGAUUACAGGUGGCCUGUGACCUUCUGCGAAGAAUUAUUCGUAUCUUGCACUUAAGCAAGAGGCUUCAGGUUCAGCUUCAGGGUGGCAGUCGGGAGAUAACAAAGGCUGCUCACAGUCUCAACGAACUAGAUUAUCUGUCACAAGGAGUCGAUUUGAGCGGCAUUGAGGUGAUUGAGAAUGACCUGGUACUGAUCAGUAGAGCAAGGCUAGAGGUGGAAAACCAGGCCAAGCGAUUAUUGGACCAGGGCACAGAAAUUCAGAAUCCUACGCAGGUUGGCACCGCCUUGCAGGUCUUUUACAACCUUGGUAGUCUGAGGGAGACCAUCAGCUCUGUUGUGGGGGCUUACCAGACAAGCAUACGGGACAGCAUCAUCAGUGCUCUUGACAUUAAGGGACUGACACAGCCGUCCAACCCCAGAGGUGCCCCUGGAAGAGCAGUUCUUCCAACUCCAGGCAGCACAGCAGCUUUCCGCGCUGCUCUUUGGACAAACCUGGAGAAACUAAUGGACCAGAUAUGUGCUGCCUGCAAACAAGUGCAGCAUCUUCAGAAGGUCUUAAUGAAGAAAAGAGACCCUGUUACUCAUAAGUGUUUUAUUGAUGAGAUUAUUAAGGAUGGUGAGCCGGAUAUUCUCCACACCUUUUGGACUGAUGUAACUACCAAAUUAAGAGAAGAAUUUCACAAAGCAACUCAAGCCUCAUCUUUUCUGAAGCAAGCGUUUGAAGGAGAGUAUCCAAAGUUGUUGCGACUCUACAACGAGCUGUGGCGUCGCCUCCAGCAGUAUAGUGCCAGUCUGCACAGCUCGCUGAUCAGCAGCGGUGGGAUGGACACCACUCUGGAGCCAGAAACGGACAGCCUUGACCUAUUCUCUCAAAGAAAACAGGACUACAAUCCAGAAAGAGCCCUGAAGGAUUCUCUUCAACCGUAUGAAGCAGCGUACCUCUCUAAAUCUCUCUCUCGGCUCUUUGACCCCAUUAACCUUGUGUUUCCAAUGGGUGGUCGCAACCCGCCCUCCAAUGAUGAGUUGGAGAGCAUCAUCAAGACCAUCAGCAGGCAACUGAAUGUUGCAUCCAUGGAUUCAGACCUUUCUCUUGCUGUUGCCAAGAAUGCUGCCAAGACCGUGCAGCUCUUCUGUGUCAAGUCUGAACAGCUGUUGUGUACUCAGAGUGAUGCCAGUCAGGUGAUUGGUCCAUUAUCUGAAGGCCAAAGGAGGAACACUGCAGUAGUCAACUCACUCUACCGUCUGCAGCAGGCCGUUGCCAAGAUCAUUUCUGGAUUGGGGUCGUGUCUGACAGCUCCCGUAGAGGCGCUCUCUUUGUCUUUGGAGGAAGUGCUGGCCCUGAUGAGCAAUGCAGUGCAGCCGCUCCUGCAGUCAGUCAGUGAUUCUAUCGAGGCAAUCAUUAUCACGCUACACCAUGAGGACUUCUCGGGCAAGCUGCCCAGUCCUGAUAAGCCUGACGUUGUCUGCUCCCUCUACAUGAAAGAGUUGCAGGGGUUUAUCUCCAGAGUCAUGAAUGACUACUUCCGACACUUCGAGUGUACAGACUUCAUCUACGAAAGAACCGAGUCCAUAGCUCAGAGAGCGAUCGAGCUGUUCGUUCGGCACGCCAGCUUGUUGCGUCCACUGGGCGAAGGCGGGAAGAUGCGUCUGGCUGCUGACUUUGCACAAAUGGAGAUGGCUGUGGCUCCGCUAUGCAGACGAGUGUCGGAUUUGGGGAAACCUUAUAGAGUGCUCCGAUCCUUUAGGCCACUGCUGUUUCAGACAAGUAACCUGAUAGUCAAGAGUCCGGCUGUGGGUGACCUGAUUCCUUACAGCACUGUGCUUCACUUUCUCUUCGCUAGGGCUCCGUCAGAGCUCAAGUCACCUUACCAGAGAGCUGAGUGGUCGGUCACUUAUUACUCCCAAUGGAUGGAUGACCAUCCGUCAGAGAGAGACCGUCUCACGCUCAUCAGGGGCACUUUGGAGGCGUAUGUACUGUCCGUAAGGGCUCGGCAGGGCAAGGAGUUUGCACCAAUCUAUCCCAUAAUGCUCCAGCUGUUGCAGAGGGCCACCUCAUUGGAAGUGAAAGGAUGAUGACUGAGUGCUCAAAAUGGUUCUAAGCUACUACGAGUUAGUUCGAUUUAUGCUUUUUGAGAUGGAACUGAUGAAUUAAACUUUGGCCAAAAUCUAAUUGUGACAAAUCAAGUGGAUGAAAUAAGUACUUUUUAAGUUUAAAAAAAAUAAAUAAAAUAAUGUAAUUCUGUGAACUUUGGAGCAUUGUAUUUACGUAUGUAAAAAUAAUUGCAGUGACAAAAACAUGCUUUCUAUCUGAAUGGAUUCAUUUUAAUAAUAAUGGCAGUAAUAUAAGUCACAAGUAUUUUCAGAUGGGCCAUUUCCACUGGUUAGGAGGAGGCUCCUCAAUCAGAGGUUCCCAUGGUUUCCAGUCGGCCAUCUUUCGUGAUAGAGCCAGCUCACAUUCGGCCUGUAAACAUGAAAACAGCACCUUCAUUGUAUUACUGUGCCGGACUUAAAUUUAGUUGUACAAUUAAAUCCCAUCUCAGUACCUGAAAAAUUACUUCUUCAAUUUGUCCACAAUUUAUCUUCUUCUCUAAUUGCUCAACAUCAGGCUCCUGCAAACAACAUUUAUUUGUAUUGCUUUGAUCAAUUAAAUAGUUAAAAGGUAACUGACCGUUUUGACGUGGCUGAACCUCUCAUUGACCAACUGUUCAGUAUACUUCCUGUAGGCAGCAUCCUGUGGCAUGCUCUGCACUGAUGCCAGGAUUUUUGAGUAGAGAAUCCUCAGUCGCUGAGUGAUGUUUUGAGGAAUGAGGAAUCAAACAGGUGGGGGAAACAAAGACAUCUUGAUUGAAUUGUGUUGGUUAAUUUUUAUAUUUUCAAACAUGCUUCAUUUUAGUUUUGUUUUCCUUAGUUUUGGUAGUGUUUUUUUCUUAAUGGUGUAUUUGUCAAGUAUUGUUUAAUAAAGUAUACUGCAAGUCUCAAA